AUGUCAAGGCCUGGUCAGCUUCCUCCUCGUUGCCCAAUUCCAAAGAAACUGUCUUUGAAUCCGGUUGGAGAUACAUACUACUCUUCUUCCUCGCCCAUUGAAUCAUACAUUAGCCAAUACAAGUCUUCCACGCAAGAAUCCACGCUCGAGGACCAACCAGCUUGGCUUGACGAGUUGCUCUGUGAGAAGACUGAUGGGAGGAUGUUCACUGGAGGAGGUCCAGGUCCUCUACGCCGCUCAGCUAGUGACUCUGUUGUGCUUUUGGGAGACAUCUCUGCUAACUUCUCUGGCUUUAAUCAAAGCGAAGAUGAAGAGAGUUUGACUUCUGAAGCUUGUGGGGAGUUGGAGUCAGCUUGUGUAUAUGGUCCCAACUCGCCAAGAGCAAGGAACAGCUCUAGCUUCUCUAACAACCCUAUUGCUUCUGCGUUUUCGGAGUAUGGUUCUCAGAACUCAGAUGAUACUGUGAAAGGGAUCAACUGUAUGCCUCUGGCAGAAGAUGCUUGCGGUUCAAUGGGCGUACCGAAUGCGAAAAGAAAGGAAGAUAGGAACAAGAACUUCGAUAUGUCUGGUUUCCAUUGCUUUGUAGUUAAAGAUAGGAACCCGGGACAGCGUUCAAGAGUUCGUAAGCUCCAGUACAUUGCUGAACUUGAGAGGAGGGUUUCCAUGUUGCAGACGGUGGAAGCGGAUUUAUCAGUGAGAGUGGCUUCACUGCUUCAGACACGUGCAACGCUGUCCUUGGAGAAUAGCCAACUGAAGCAGCAAAUGGUGAUACUAAAGCAGGACAAGCUCAUCAGGGAAGGUGAAUAUCAGUUACUGAAGAAGGAAGCCCAGAGAUUGAAAUCCGGAUUGGGAAGCUUUGGGAGCAAUAACAACAAUAAUAACAGGCUGGUCAGGUCAUAUUCUGCUGGUUCAGAUGUAGGUCCAAGGAGAGCUUCGUCACACUUGGACUGGAAGUUGCUGGAUCUGACCAAACUCAAUUUCAACUAA